AUGAAAAGUUAAUACUAAAACAUUGUUAAUACUCCUAGAUAGCAGCCGUAAAAAUAUUAAAGAUCAUUCUCACAAAUUUUCGUUAAUGAGGAGAAUACCUUCUAAUAAAAAGGACUGGGACUAUUAGUUGCUGCAACAAUAUCAGCCACUUAUUUCUUAGCAAUGCCUUAUAUUGGUAAAGAAUACAUCUGGCCUCGAUUCUUAGAGUUAGAUGACUAUUUGCAGUGGCCUAAAUGGAAGAUGUAUUUUGUGAUCUCAAUGAUUUUUACUCUCACUUUUAUUCCAUUUGCUAACUUUGUCUACUACUUGAUCUAUCAUUUUGAGCUACCUUUCUUUGAAUAAUAUAAGGUAACAGCUACACCUUGGCCUUGGCAAGAAAACAAAGAAGAAUGGAAUAAACUUUUAACUAAAGCUUUCAAGCUCUACUUUUUCAACUAUUACAUUGUUGUUCCUAUUGGAUAUUUUUACGAUGUUUAUGAUUCCGGAUUUGAUCCAAAGUUUAGAUUCGAUCUUGAAUCUUUCCCAACUACUACAGAGAUAUUCAGCUAGGUAUGUAUAAUGAUGCUUGUUGAGGAUUUCAGCUUCUACUUUAUUCACUGGUUUAUGCAUAAUAGAUAUAUCUAUCCAUAUGUUCACAAAAGACAUCAUGAAUUUAGAGUAAAUGUCGCUUGCUGCUUCAAUUACUUCCACCCUAUAGACCUCUUUUUAGAAGGAAUGUUACCCACUGCUAUUGGUCAUGCUAUCCUUGGUAAGAGAAUGCAUUACUAUACAUAUUUUUGCUGGUAUAUAUUCAGAGUUCUAGAAUCAAUGGAUGGCCAUUCCGGUUACGAAUUUCCAUGGAGCCCAUUCAGACUCAUUCCAUUCUCAGGAUCGUCAACUUAUCAUGAUUUUCACCACUCAAAUAAUAUUGGUAACUUCUGUUCCUUCUUCACAUUCUGGGAUACUGUCUUUGGAACAAAUUCAACUUUUUAUGCCUAUUAAGAUAGGUUAAAGAAGGAAAAAGCUUUAUAGGAAAACAAGACACCCGGGGGAGGUCAUAGUAUUUAAUAAUAAACAGGAGACGUCAAAAGCAGCAAAAUAGAUUGA